AUGAGGAGGCUGUUGCGCGGCCUGCUCGUGGCGCACAUCCUGCUGAGCGAUGUCUUCAAAGCAGACGAGGAGGAGGAAGAGAAAGAUGCCUCCUCCGACGUGAUGGAAGUCAUGGCCUGGUGCAAAGGUGUCGUGCAAGGCCUCGACUGGCCGGCCGUACUCCGCCUGGCGAAGACGGAGUGCAACAUCGACGCUGGGGAUGACGAGCUGCUCCGUAUCGGCUGCACGGACGUGGGACUCCUCUCCGCUUUGGACGGGCUCCGCGCAGUGCUGGAGAUCUCCCAGCUGCAAAAUCUUGUCUGUCCGAAUGGUCAAGUCUUUCUUCUGGCGGUCUCCCUGGCUUAUGCUCGGGAGCAGCUGACGCCGACAGAGGUUGCGAGAGCGCAGGUGCUGUUGUGGCGGGCAUUGCAGACCAACUUCAUGUUGGAUGCCAGCGUGUGGCCGGUCAAGACCCACGAUGUGCUCUACAUGUUCGACCAACUCCCUGCGCCCUUGCGGCUCGGGAGCCGUGCAGCAAGCUCUCUCGAUGCUUCGGUCACGCUCGUGGUGCCGCGCUGUCCGCCCGAGCUGGUACCCAUUCUGAAAGAGCGUUUCCCAGGCUUCCGGGCGACGGUUGGCGUCCUUGGCAAGGCGGACGAGUCUGCGAAGCUUCUCCCGGAGAGCUGGCAAGGCUUUGAGUCCGCAGCUGCCUGGGCCUCGCAGGGGCGGGUGGGUGGGGUGUCCGGGGGUGGAAUUCCCACUAGCUCUGCCUUCAACCCUGCCGUGUUCUUGGUAGCACAAAUUGCCUACGCCAAAAUGCCUCUCGGACGCCUUGCUCCCGGAGAUCUGGACCCGGAAGCUCUCCGGCCUGUUCAGGGCCCUCUGGCAUCAGAAGAGUCUUUUUUUGCUUUGGCUUCCAGGUGCACCGCCGGAAGAUCUGAAACUGACGGCAGCGUGGCAGCAGAGCUUGUCCGAAAUACAUUCAUUGACGUGGUAGUGCAGGAUGAAGACGACGAGCCGCUAUUCCGCAGUUCCUCAGAUCCUUCGGGGGGUCAGCGCCAGAUGCAGCUCAAGAAGGAGGCUGCUCCCCUCAUGCCAAGGUUGGAGACCACGGAGGAAGCGUCGCAGGAGGAGGAGCAAUCUUCAGAUUGCCGAUUGGCUACCUGGGAUCCAGACACUGACAGGAUGCCAUCCGCCCAGCACGUCGCAGUUGAAGCUUCUGCAAGUCCGACGACGACGGCAUCAGACCCCGCGCCAAGCUCCGACGAUGGUGCGCUGUUCAGAACGACCGCCGUAUGCCCAAAGCUUUCGGAAGCCCUGGGCAAUAUCGAUCACGCUCGGACCGCGCCCGCACUGACCUCGACGAUGCCUGCUGUGCUGCCGGCACCCUUGCCACAGACACUGCCAGCAGGUCCCUUCGGCUACCUGACGAAUCCCAUGUUCACCCUGCCAACGCCAAUUCUGAUGCCGGCGAACAUGCAGCCGCAGGCCAUUCGCCUGUCUUUGAUGAAGCAGAAGCUGAACACAAGAAAAGGAGGGAAAGGCCCACUGGCACUGCGCGCUUGUGGAGUUGAGUGUCUGGGGCGCGUGUUUCCGCGCCCGACCGUGUUGCCCCGACUCAGCUGUGCCAUGGGAGGCAAGAACAAGAGCAACUCCCGCAACUUCAUCCUUGCCGCAGAUGCUGCUUGCCACCAUUUUUAG